AUAGGAUUAGACGAAAUGGCCCUGCAGUGACAGCUUGUGGAUGAGGAAGAGUAGGAUACGUGUAUCUGUAAACCCUGGGCAAUGUUAAUGGCAUAUAUACAGCAAGAAGCAACAAACAAGAAAGACAUUGUGAUUUAGAAGAGAUUCUUGCCUUUCGGAAAGUCCAGCUCGUAUAGCGAAGACCAGUGACAUAGUGACCCAUGACAAGACUGUAAAAGAGGCGGCAGCUGGUACAUGGUACUACAUCCAACAUGGCAGACGAGACACUGUUUGCCCUUCUACACAUGGAGAUAGUUUCUCAUGUGCAGAAGAGCGCAGGCCAGGACGAAGAGGAUCAGGGAAAACACAUACGUGUCCUAGAAGGAAUGGGAUUUCGUGUGGGUCAAGGGCUUAUCGAAAAGUUAACAAAGGACAGCCUGUCAUCAUUCAAAGAUGAACUUGAAGUUGUGAAAUUUGUUUGCAAGGAGUUUUGGACGAUUGUCUUCAAGAAGCAGAUUGAUAACCUAAGAACAAACCAUCAGGGCACGUAUGUGUUACAGGACAACAGGUUUCUUCUUUUAACGCAGAUCUCCUGCAGUAAGCAAUAUUUGGAAGAAGCCCCAAAGUUCCUAGCAUACACCUGUGGACUUAUUAAAGGGGCUCUCUCAAACAUGGGGGUCAGCUGUACUGUCUCAGCAGAGGUUGUAAUAAUGCCUGCCUGCAAAUUUCAAGUUGUCAUUUCAAGGACAUAACGGAAAAGAAGAUUCAAAUACAUUUUUUAUUUUGCCAAGACAAAAGGUUUUAAAAGACAAGAAAA